CCUAACGACAUGGCAAAUAAUAAUAGCUACAGAACCGCGUACGCCUUCGCAAGAGAAAUGUACCCCAAGAAAACCAAAAGUCAUUUACAAUAUGGGACAGCAGGAUUCAGAACCAAAGCUACGGAUUUAGAGCAUGUUAUGUACCGUAUGGGACUACUUGCAGUCCUACGAGCGAGGUACAAAAAAUCUGUCAUUGGAGUGAUGGUUACAGCUUCUCAUAAUCCUGAGCCUGACAAUGGUGUUAAAUUAGUAGAUCCACAUGGAGAAAUGUUAGAGCAGUCCUGGGAACCAUGGGCCACAAAAUUUGCCAAUGUUAUCGACGAGAAAUUAGAGGACACUAUAAACGAACUAAUCAAAGCAUUCGAUAUCACGAACAUGAAUGACAGAGUGGAAAUAGUUGUAGGCAAAGACACGAGGCCGAGCAGCCCCCACCUGGCCAAGGCCGUCUGUGACGGGGUGCUGGCCCUGUCUGGCAAGCCUAUCGACUAUGGCAUUGUGACCACCCCGCAGCUGCACUAUUUCGUCGUGUGCAAAAACACCAACAGGGCGUACGGCCAGCCCAACGAAGAAGGGUACUACGCGAAGCUGACCAACGCGUUCAAGAAAAUAAGGGGCACCGAGUACACCAAAGGCAACUACCAUAACCGAGUUGUUUAUGACGGGGCCAACGGAGUAGGGGCGAAGAAGAUCAAGUAUUUGAAGGAGGCGCUAGGGGACAGUUUAAAGGUCGACAUGUACAAUGACGAGAUCAUCGGUUCGGGGAAGCUGAACUACAUGUGUGGCGCGGACUACGUCAAAUCCCACCAAACUUUCCCCAACGGCCUGCCCAAAGACAAAAACGUCCGAUGUUGUUCCGUGGACGGCGAUGCGGACAGGAUCGUCUACUACUACACGGACGACGACGGCUUGUUCCAUCUGAUGGAUGGCGACAGGAUAGCCACGCUGGCGGCUGCCUACCUCAAGGAGCUGCUGCAGCAGACGGGCAUCGAGUUGAAUCUGGGGCUGGUGCAGACGGCCUACGCUAACGGGGCGUCCACCGAUUACAUAUCUUCCGAGUUGAAUGUUCCAGUUGCUUUCGCAUCAACUGGUGUGAAACAUUUACAUCACCAAGCAUUGAAUUAUGAUAUUGGAGUUUAUUUUGAAGCAAAUGGCCAUGGAACUGUGAUCUUCAGUCAGAAUACCAAAGAAAAGCUGAGGGCCGGAACAAGAUGUAAUAGUUUUACUGAGGAUCAGAGACAGGCUUGCUCCAAAUUUUUAACUCUGAUCGACUUGAUUAACGAGACAGUGGGAGACGCCAUUUCUGAUAUGUUAUUAGUGGAAACAAUUCUUCAUGAAAAGGGAUGGGAUAUUUCACAGUGGGAAGCUUGCUACACGGAUUUGCCAAAUAGACUGAUGAAAGUGACUGUUAAGGAUCGCAACGUGAUAACCACCACCGAUGCCGAAAGAAUUUGCCUGACGCCUCAAGACCUGCAAGACGAAAUCGACAGCCUGGCAGCAAAGUACCCGAAAGGUCGAUCGUUCGUCAGGCCCUCGGGCACCGAAGACAUCGUCAGAGUAUACGCGGAGGCCGGCACAACCGCAGAUGCCGACAAAUUGGCGGCAGAGGUGGCCUUGAAAGUGUUCGAACUGGCGGGGGGGAUCGGCGCUCCUCCCGAGAUUCCUCAAUAAGGGUGGAAUGAUGUUGUUCGAGACAGCAAGAGAUGAAAUUUCACUCGGGAAAAACUCGAAUUCAGGGUUUCUUGAAGUUAAUUUCACUUGCAAGAAACUCAAAUUCGGGAUUUUUUCCAGGCCCUCCCUCCCCCACCAAGGCAUGCGCCAAUAAUUUUCGAAAGGAAUUUGUAAAGUCACUGGAUGGUAUUAAUCAGAUAAGAGUUCGGACACAGAAAUGGCA